ACUAAAUCAUACUAAAUCAUAAAACAUUUAAAACCAGCAAGUUGACAUAUAGAAUACAUGCACACAGUGGAUCAAAUUGCAUGACAGGGGAUCAGCAAUAGGAAACUUUAUCUAAACGUGGUUUUAAUACAACAAUUAAGUACUUAACUCAGGACCAGCAAUCUCACAACGAUAAACAGAUUAAUAUCUAAUAAACUAUUAACAUGGUUUAUUUUGUUAUUCGAGCUUAGGCUUCCAGCAGGACCAUAGUUACCGUAACUCCAGCUUGUCUUAGAAUCAUACUACCUUAUUGUCUAGUUACUGGAACUCCAGUUUGUCGCUAAGAUGAAGAUGAGCAUCAGAAUGUCAGCCAGCUCUGUCAUUGUACUCCUGGCCCUCCUGACCAUCACUGAGGGGAUGAGCCUAGGCAACUUGGGGUCAGACUCACGUUGUCGCUGUAUCCAGACGGAGGGACGUCGGAUUGGUAAACUCAUUGAGAAGGUGGGGAUAUUCCCUCCCAGCUCGCACUGCAAAGACACUGAGAUCAUAGCCACUCUGAAGGGGAGCAGUAAGGAGAUUUGUUUGGACAUCAGCGCUCCCUGGAUCAAGAAGUUCAUUGAGAAGAUGCUGGCCAACAAGAAGCCUUGAAACCCAGACUUCCAUUGACAUGAUCAACGCUAUCAAGAGCUACUUCGCAACCAGGGAGAGUUUUCAGUGCUACUACCUUUACAAUUGAUGGACUGCAUUUACGUAGCGCUUACCUAGCACUUGAAUGUCUUCACAUUGGGGAACACACCUGUUCCACUACCAAUGUGUAGCAUCCUUUAUAUUAGAGAGUCUGAGGUUGGUUUAGUUGUCAUCAUUUAUCCUACACUCUGUGACAAGUGGAUAUGGGACAGCUCUUUGCAGCCGGGACUCUCUUACACUGCAUUUGGCCUGGUGGGCGGGGCUAUACGUCACAGUGGGUGUUCAUUAAAGUGUGCACAUUCGAGUCCACGUCGCUGUGUGUGGUAUGUCAUUUGUUAUGUUGCUGACUCACGUGCCCCCAAAGUAACUGCCCAUCAGAGAUAAAUAACCUUUCUUGAAUUGAAUAAUGUUGAAUCGAGUCUAGUGCUCAGAGUUGGGGUCACAUAAUCCAUCCUACUGACAUCUAUGUACAACAGUGGCUGUUUCAUGAAAGAAGUAAAUGAUUUUGGAUCUCGUGUAUUAUGUUUAAUCAAAAGACCAAGAUAUGUGCAAAGUGGCCAUUAUAUGUAUUUAAAUGUAAAUGGAUAUAUAUUGAUAGAACAAAUAAACUGUAAUUGAAAAUUGUGCGUAGCUUACUGUUUUAUAAAAGUACUUCAGGGUUACUCAAUCAAAAAGGUAAAAACCUGCAUACUGUCAGUUUAGCUGUUGCACUUGUAUUUGGCACUUUCUUCCUGUAGUAUGAACAAAGGUUGCAUUGUGUAAAUCUCUACCACAAGUCAAUGUAGAUUGUUUUCAUAUAGGGAAUACAAUUCUACCAAUGUGCAGGUUUCCCCCGUUCGCUUUUGACUGAUCCUCCAAAGCUGACACACAGCUGUCAAGUAUUACUAUGGUAAUUAACUGUAUGGAAACUUUGGGAAUUUAUAGCUGAAGUUUAAUUAAAUCAUAGCUAUAUACCUAUAAAUUCUAACAGAUGAAACCUCUCCCAUAUUGUCUUAUAUCAAAGAUAUAGAAAUCCCCGGUAUAUGAGGUGCACCACAAGCCCAGCCUCAAUGAUCUAGCUAGCUAGCCAACCACAGCUUUGCCGUCUCCAUUCGCUUUGUUUUUGGUCAGUAGAAUUGCCUCUUAUGCAACUGAAUUAAAAGCAACAACAAAAAAACGUAUAUUUGUAUAUAUACAGUGGGGAGAACAAGUAUUUGAUACACU